CCAGAACUGUGGAGGAACUCACAGGCUCAGCAGGCUCCUGGUUUGUAGAGAAGACAGAAGCAACAUGAGCACAGCAGGAAAAGUGAUAAAGUGCAAAGCAGCUGUGUUGUGGGACCUCAACAAACCCUUCUCCAUUGAGGAGGUGGAAGUUGCACCUCCAAAGGCCCAUGAAGUCCGUAUUAAGAUCGUGGCCACGGGAAUCUGUCGCUCUGAUGACCAUGUGGUGAGCGGCAGCUUGCACACGCCUCUUCCUGCGAUUCUAGGCCACGAGGCAGCUGGAAUCGUGGAGAGCAUUGGAGAAGGAGUGACUACAGUAAAACCAGGUGACAAGGUCAUCCCGCUCUUCAUUCCCCAGUGCGGAUCGUGCAGGGUGUGUAAACACCCGGAGAGCAACUUCUGCCAGGUCGCUCGGGGGUCCAUCUGUGCUGUGUUUGGCCUGGGAGGGGUUGGUCUGUCUGUUGUCAUUGGCUGUAAAGCAGCGGGCGCAGCCAGGAUCAUUGCAGUGGACAUCAACAAGGAUAAGUUUGCAAAGGCCAAAGAGUUAGGUGCCACUGAGUGCAUCAACCCCCAAGACUAUGACAAACCCAUCCAUGAAGUGCUACACGAAAUGACUGAUGGAGGUGUGGAUUUCUCCUUUGAAGUCAUCGGUCGGCUUGACACCAUGGUUGCUGCUCUGCUCUGCUGUCAAAAUUCACAUGGUGUGAGUGUCAUUGUAGGGGUGCCUCCUAAUGCCCAAAGCCUCUCAAUGAACCCCAUGGCGCUGCUCGGUGGACGCACCUGGAAAGGAGCUCUAUUUGGUGGCUAUAAGAGUAAAAAUGCUGUCCCCAAACUUGUGGCUGAUUUUAUGGCUAAGAAGUUUCCAUUGGAACCAUUAAUAACCAACGUUUUUCCUUUUGCAAAAAUAAACGAAGGAUUUGACCUCCUUCGCGCUGGAAAGAGUAUUCGCACAGUUCUGACAUUCUGAAACCAUUCAGAUGCUUUCCUGGAAGCCAGCCUCUGACUCCUCCUUCUCAGCGCACCUGGAGCACCUGCCUGCCACGGGGCAUCAUCAGUUCUGUUCCUUAGAGGUGCCAUCAGUAAAUCACUUGCACAAGCUUUCCAAAAGAAACCGAAAUUCCUCUCAAUUAAAUGCUUAGAAUCCAAGCAAGAGCUAAUGAAGAGCAGCUGAAAACAAAUGAACCUACUUAAGUUUUCCCUCUUACUCACUGUAUUUACACAGCCUAUCCUUUUCCUUAUGCUCAAGAAAAGAUACUUCUUGUGCCUUCCUGCAAGUUUAUUUUAUUUUAUUUUUAUCUUUUAAGCCAUCAAUCAUUGAAACCCAGGGAAGGGGAUCUUCUUUCCUGGAUUUACCCAUUCCAGGGCUUGAAGUCCUACCUCUGUCUCUGUCUCCACUGUCCGUCUUUGUCUCUUCUGUCACUGUGUGUGUGUCUCCCUUUC